GGCCACGAGUCCUGACAGGAGACGCCCACACUUGUCAUUUUGUGUGAUACUGUCUACUGUCUGUCUGGAGAUCAGAUGGAUGAUGGAGAUGAAAAAAGAACAAAUUUCUAAUUUAAUCUAUAGACCUUCAGCUUCUGCUGGCUGGCCGGUUGAUGUUUGCAGAUUUCUUGUCAUACCUGCGAGCAGAAAACUGAAGGCUGUGUUUGGCUUGUUUUGGCGCGUGGAGAACACAGAGCACAACAGCGGGUUGAUACUUGAGUGUUGAGUUGUGUCAGAUCUCAUCUGUUGUGCAAUUUAAAGUGUGAAUCCAGAGUGUGUGUGUGAUGGCAGAGCUCCCGUCUGGACUGCUGGAGGCAUGUGUAGUGGUUGGAGCCCCCAGUGAUAAGCUUCGAGACAUAUACCAGCUUCAUCAGCAGAAUAAGUUAAAUGAACUCCCCCUGCUUGAGGCCGAGGUACUUCAGGUCCAUGCCCCGCCCUUUGUUUCCAAGGAGACCAACUCCAGCCAGUUGAUCGGUCCAGCUUUCAGUCGUGUCCAGAGGAGGAGGAGCUUCAUCAAGAAGAAGAGGCGAGAUUGCGGCGCAGAAGUGCUGCCUAAUGGAGAAACAGCUAAUCGUACAGAAGCGUCCUCAGCAACAGAGGACAUCAGUGUCCCAAAGGAUCUGGACCUCAUUGCUUUGCCACAGCUCUGUUUUCCUGGUGGUCUUCAGUUAGCCAGUGAGCAGAGAGAAGACAGUUAUCACUUCCUGGUUUUCACUGACCUUUUUGGGAACCGAACCCAUGGUGUCGUUGUGCAGUACUACAGACCUGUACAGUCCUGUCAGGAAGGUGCUAUCCUGAAUGGCCACAGAUGGAACUCCUCAAAGUCCCGUCUCUAUACACCUUUUGCUGUGUGUAUCAUCUCCAAAUUCCCGUACUACAACGCUCUGAGAGACUGCCUGUCAUGUCUCCUGGUCCAGUUGCGUCCUGCGAGACAAGCAGACUUUGAGGAGACGAUAAAGGAAUUUUCAGCCAAGCUGUCUCUGGUGCCUUUACCACCUCCUGGACAGCUACAUGUGUGCUUCAGCCUCCGUCCCCUCCAAGUGGUUCUUCCGUCGAGGGAGGAUCAGGACAGCCCUGUUAUCGACAUCGACCUGCACCUACCUUUCCUCUGUUUCACACACACAACCCUGCUCCAGGUGCUGUCCUGCCUCCUACAGGAGCAGAGACUGGUAUUCUUCUCUGCUGACUGGGCCAGACUCACUCUGGUCGCAGAGAGUUUGCUGCUGUACCUGCAGCCUCUGUCCUGGCAGCAGCCCUACGUUCCCGUUCUGUCUCGAGGAAUGUUGGAUUUUCUCAUGGCUCCUACAGCUUUCCUGAUGGGCUGCCACAUCAGUCAUUUUGAAGAAGUCGCUGCAGAGACGGAGGAACUAAUCCUAGUGAACAUUGAUGAUGGCAUCAUUCAGUCAUCAUGGACUGAAGCCAUCGACCUACCAGUUAUCCCUCUGGCUGCAGCGGAGAGCUUUGUAUCGAGGGCAGAGUGUCUCCAGCUUCAUUAUGACUUGGAGAUGUGUCACCUUGGAGCGGGCACCGAUGCCAAUGCCCUGCGAUGCCAACGCAGAGAUUGGCAGACGCGCCUCAACACGCAGAUACGAAACAUCACCCUGGAGCUAGUAGUCAACAUCUUCAGCGGAGUUCAGGACUUUCUAAACCACGAACACCGAGUUUUUAACAGUGAGGAGUUCUUGAGGACUAGAGAGCCAUCAGACCAGUCCUUUUACAAGAAGGUAUUAGACACACAUAUCUUCCACUCGUUCCUGCGCGACAGGCUCAACAGGAAACGGGACAGCUUCAGCCGCAUGGAGCAGAACAUGAGUAACCAUGCACACAGGAAUCGGGCGAUGUCAGCAUCUCCCCGGCGUCCCAUCAUAUCCGACCUGACCAGGACCGGCUACAGAAGCUACACCAACCCUGCCGACAGACUGAGCAAGAGGCUGGGAGCCAGCCUGCCUAACUUGGAUCAACCUGACAAUGACACUACGUCUACCGUCGCCUCCAACAGACCAGCCUCUCUCAGGAAGAUGACCCCUGAUAUCGGGUUGAAAUCGCCUCAGAAAACGGUGAAGGUUUUCCGGCUCCCAGAGUUCCCCCCUCCGUUGGCCUACCAUUAUGUCCAGAACUAUUAUUCUGACAUGGUUGCUUAUCUGGGGAAGGCUAUUAAUGCUACACCACCUGAGGAAUCUGCGUUGCUGGCAAGGUACCACUACCUGCGUGGUUUGGUCAACACCGUGUCCAACAGGCGCCUGGAUGCACUGGAGGACUUCCAGAGUCUUUAUAAGACCGACUCGGAUAUCUUUCCUUCUCAGAUGGUAAAGUCGCUGGUUGACUCUCUGCCAGAACUCGAGCGGUCACAGACGGCCACACGGCCAGAACUGAAGCGCCUCAUCAGUCGGGUAAAGAGGGACCAGGAAAUAGAACGCUCGCGCCACAACAAUGGGAACGAGGAUGGCGCUGUGAAGCGCUUCCAGCUGCCGAAAAAAUACAUGCAGCUGGAGGAAUUUGUGAAAUGCAUCCAGGAGUCCGGCAUCGUGAAAGACCACGGAACGAUACAUAGACUCUUUGAUGCUCUAACUGUGGGUCAUCAGAAGCAGGUCGGUCCAGACUUGUUUCGAGUCUUCUACACCAUCUGGAAGGAGACAGAGGCCGAAGCACAGGAGGUGUGCCUGCCGACGUCUGUCUUGGAGCACAUCGAGCCCAGCGAGUGCGUCUUCAAGCUGUCCUCCUCUGUCAAGACGAGCCGUGGCGUUGGCAAGAUCGCCAUGACUCAGCGACGGCUCUUCCUGCUCACUGACGGACGACCAGGAUACGUGGAGGUGGCACAGUACAGAGAUUUAGAGGAGGUCAAAGUGUCUUCGGCUCCCUUCCUGCUUCUGCGAAUCCCCAGCCUGAAGCUGCGUGUUCGGGGUAGGAAGGAGGCGUUCGAGGCCAAUUUGAAAACAGAGACUGAGCUGUGGAACCUGAUGGUUAAAGAGAUGUGGGCCGGACGCACCAUGGCUGACCAACACAAGGACCCCCAGUACAUGCAGCAGGCUCUGACCAAUGCCUUGUUAAUGGACGCAGUAGUGGGCAGCCUUCAGAGCAGCAAGGCCAUCUAUGCCGCCUCGAAGCUGGCUCACUUUGAACGCAUCAAGAUGGAAGUGCCGAUGAUGGUUCCCAAGACAACCUCAGAGACGCUAAAGCACAAGAUUAACCCCUCACUGGAGCUCGCUGCACCUCAGCCUGUGGAUGUACUACUAUACACACCAGGUCAGCUGUGGGUGUCCGUGAGCGGUGGGAAGGUGAUGGUGUUUGAUGCCUCCAGCUGGUCCCUCACACACACUUGUCACGUUGGGAAUGCAAGACUGAACUGCAUGCUGGGAGUUGAUAAGGAUCAGGUCUGGAUGGGCUCCGAGGACUCCGUUAUCUACAUCAUCAGCAUGGUGGCGAUGGUGUGUAACAGACAGCUGACUGAACACAGAGCAGAGGUCACCGGACUGGCACUUGACACCGAAAAAUACAGCCAGAAGGUGGCGUACUCCUGCAGUGCAGAGGGAAGCGUCAUGGUGUGGGACAUCUCGACACUACAGGUGAAGAGGCACUUUCGCCUCUCCUGCGACCGCCUGCAGUCGGUCUUCAGCUGUAACGGAACACUGUGGUGCUGCUCCAGAGAUAAUAUCAUGGAGGUGUGGAGGACCGGUUCAGUGAAACAUCGUCUGAAUCUGCCAGAACAACAGAAAGGCUCCUUAGCUACAUUCAGCUAUGUGCUGCUGUUACCUGAGGUGGAGGAGCUGUGGAGUGUUUGUAAGGACUCAGGAGAAGUGUGUAUCUGGCACAUGAAGGACACGAGCAAACCUUUCCAUCGUGUGGCUCUACAGGACUGCACCGGAUGUUACUGCAUGAUCAAAGUUAAAAACCAGGUGUGGGUUGGCGGUGUUGGCCGCAGUUCUACCAAAGGGAAGAUUUACAUUGUGGACAUGGAACGCUACCAGGUACUGAAGGAGCUCCACGGCCACAACGACAUGGUGACGGCGCUCUGCUCUGCCGAGGACCGCUACGUCCUCAGCGGAGCUGGCAAACACGACGGAAAGAUCGCCAUCUGGAAGGUGGAGUAGAGCAGAAAACAGACGAGUGUUUGAGCGAACGCGCCGUGAACGAACAAAGGACCCGCGUUGAGGGUGUGUGGGGAAACGAGCAGAGAUCUGUGUUAUUGGAAACCUCCGCCUGCCUUUUCGAAUCUCGGAUCUGACGGGAUCACACGGCACUCAUGUGAAGCAACAAGUUUACAUAAAGCGACACCGACUGAGCAGCUUCUGCAGCGCGCUAUGAGGUUGUGAUCCGCGAUCAUAAAUACUAACAGUACUAACACGGGAACAUGAAGGACAAACAAAGACUGAACAAAGAAGUUCUGCUGGAUGUUUUUUUUUUUUAAUCCAAAGUGCUUCACUUUACUGAAGGUUUUUACAUUUUCUAGUAUUGUCAUACUUAAUUUAAUGCUGUGCCUAGUUUUAUAUUUGAUCACACUAGUAUUAUAUGGGAACACUGUGUGACUGAGCCUGCACUCCAGCUGUGUUUCAAAGGAGUCAAACUACCCUGAAAACAAAACUCACCUCACCGCGGGAAGAAAACCCCCUGAAAAGGUUUGUUUUGAUGGAAGUUAUGCUUUAAUGUGCAGUGGAGAGUCAUGGGAAAUAUGAUGAAAGAUGAUACCAAGUUAGGAGCUGGACCUGGCGUGAUACAGCAACGUGUGUGUGUGUGUGUGUGUGUGUGUGUGUGUGUGUGUGCGUGUGUGCGUGUGUGCGUGUGUGUGUGCGUGUGUCUCAAGUUUAGCCCUGCAACAACUGAGUCUGACGAAAACACACAACCCAACAGUGUUCCGCACUUGUAUUUCUUACCUCAUUGUUAGACAAAGUUUCUAUAUUUAUUUCCCUACAAGAUUAGUUUUAUGUUAACAGGGAGUUGGUUUUAACAAGUCAAACUGUUUUUAAACACACAUCAAAGCCUUUAAAUUCCUGCCUAUAAAAUGCUUUAUGCAUGUUAAGAAAUGUCGUUAUUUCUCGUUUUUUAAGUGGAAAGAUGUGCUUUUAAUUUCCUGUGUUAGAAUGUGUUCAUAAUCGUAUAAUAAGAUUUGUGUUUUAUGAAAACAGUAGUGUUAUUUGUGAGUGAAGCAGGACAGACUGAACUGAGACUUUUCUUAUUUUCUAUCUUUCACAGACACUUUGAGUUAACGUUCUGGGACUCUUGAACAAGUCAAGAAGGUGCACAUAGUUUUUUUUUUUCCCUAUUUAACAAGUGGGAUAUUUUUGGUUCAUAACACCUGCAUUCAAACGUUCAAAUGAUCUUUUAUUAAUGUAUUUGUACACUGUAUAUAACUGGUGACAAUGCAAGCAGCUUAACUGUCGAUAUAUUCUGUGAUUUGUUUUAUCAAUAUUGUCUUUAUAAAACUGUAUAAUAUCUCAGACCGUUAAAAAGAUUUUCUUAUAUUUAACCAAACAAACAAAGCAAAUACACACUUU